AUGCAGACAGAAAGAACUUCAUUGGCUUCUGUUUCUAUGUUACCGAAUGCUUCUUUGAUCGGGGAACUGUUGUCUGAUAACCUAGUUAGCGAUGAUGCCAGAAAGUUGUUUCAGUGGAUCGGUUACUCUAUAGUCUGUGAACUCAUUGACAUCUUUGGCACUGUGACCAAUAUCAUGAACAUCAUCUGUUUCAUCAAGCUAGGCUUCAAGGAGUCAGUCAACGUCAGCUUGCUAG